UGAACGACGCGAGAACGCGAUAAAAUCAGAACCUAAUAUCUCUGGGAUACCUCUAAUUAACUUAUAUCACCCCCAAAAGGAUAACAUCUGAAAGUCUUCAAAAUGGGUUGUCUAUCGGGAAUAGUCAACUUUAUUUUAUAUAUCGUUAAUAUUGUGUUUCUGAUCGUUGGCAUCCUUCUGAUCGUGCUGGGCUCGAUCAUGUUGUCCGAUCUGAGCCACGUUGACGUGAUGCAUGAUGUGACGAACACCGACACCAUUCCCAUCUGCAUUACCGUUCUGGGCGGCCUGAUCUUCAUAGUGUCCUUCUUCGGAUGCUAUGGCAUCUUCCGGCAGAGUGCCUGCAUGACGGGAGCGUACACCAGCAUGAUUUUCGUGCUGUUUAUCCUGCAACUGGUGAUCACCUGUUGGGUGUUUGUGAACCGAUCCGCAUUCAUUAACGACAUGGAGAGCAUGGUGACCCUGCUGUGGAAUUCCAAGGACUACAAUGCUAUCGGUGUUCUGGAGGAAACCUUUGGCUGCUGCGGCAGCACCGGAUAUGAGAGUUAUGACGGUAUUGGCGUGCCCGGAACAUGCUGCGGUUACGUGGAUCGCAGUGCUGUCUGCAGCACCGCCUCGGCCUACAUCAAUCGGCCCGGAUGCAUCGCCAAGUUCGGAGAGUUCUGGUACGACAACAUGGACAUCAUCCGCUGGUCCGGCCUGGGUAUCUGCAUCUUCGAGCUGAUCGUCUUCCUCAUCGCCGGCGCCCUCACGAACUGCAUGCGCAGGCAGGGUGCCGGGAGGCAGGGUUAUGCCUAGAUUGAAGAAGUCCUUUGAAUAAAUUAUUUCUAACCUUUAAUGCCAUUAAUACGUUCACUUGAAAUAAACUAUAUGUAUGUUUAAAACCCCA